UUGGCUUCACGAGACAAAAAGGGGGAAAGGGGUAGCUCCCCUCCUCCUAACUCCAGUAAUGUCGGCGCCACCGUCGGGCGGCUGCGGCGCCCUCAUCAACGAGGUGCUCACCGACGACGAGCUCCGCGCGGUGCUCACCCGUCUGGGGCCCGAGGCGGAGCGCGACGCCUUCGGGCUCGUUUGCCGCCGAUGGCUCCGGAUCCAGAGCUCCGAGCGGCGGCGCCUGCGCGCGCGCGCCGGCCCGGACAUGCUGCGCCGCCUCGCCGCGCGCUUCCCGGGAGCCCUCGAACUCGACCUCUCCCAGUCCCCCUCCCGCUCCUUCUACCCCGGGGUCAUCGACGACGACCUCGACGUCAUCGCCGGGAGCUUCCGGAACCUGCGUGUCCUCGCGCUGCAGAAUUGCAAAGGUAUCUCUGAUGUUGGAGUUGCCAAAUUGGGAGAUGGAAUGCCAUCUCUGCAGUCCCUUGAUGUUUCUCGCUGCAUAAAGCUGAGUGAUAAAGGUUUGAAGGCAGUUGCAGUGGGGUGCCAGAGAUUGAGGCAGCUGCAUAUUACAGGUUGCAGAUUAAUAACUGAUAAUUUAUUGAUUGCCCUAUCAAAGAGCUGUCUACAAUUGGAAAAUCUUGGAGCGGCAGGAUGUAACAGCAUAACAGAUGCCGGUAUAUCUGCUCUAGCUGAUGGCUGCCAUCAUAUAAAAUUCCUUGACAUAAGUAAAUGCAAUAAAGUUGGUGAUCCUGGAGUCUGUAAAAUCGCUGAGGUUUCUUCAUCACACUUGGUGUCAAUAAAGCUAUUGGACUGCAGCAAGGUGGGAGAUAAGUUCAUCUAUUCAUUAGCUAAGUGCUGCAGUAACCUAGAGACUCUUGUCAUUGGUGGAUGUCGGAACAUUAGUGAUGCAUCCAUACAAGCUCUUGCUCUUGCCUGCUCCAGCAGCUUAAGGAGCCUGAGAAUGGACUGGUGCUUGAAAAUAACAGACACGUCAUUGCGAAGUCUGCUGUCUAACUGUAAACUUCUUGUGGCGAUUGAUGUUGGAUGCUGUGACCAGAUAACCGAUGUUGCAUUUCAGGACGGGGAAGGAAAUGGGUUCCAGUGUGAACUGAAAGUUUUGAAGAUCAGCAGCUGUGUUCGGCUCACAGUUGCAGGGGUCAGCAGUGUGAUUAAAUCCUUCAAGGCUCUUGAGUACCUCGACGUUCGGUCUUGUCCUCAGGUUACAAGGGACAGCUGCGAGGAAGCUGGAGUACAGUUUCCUAGCGCAUGUAAGGUGAAUUUCUAUGGAAGCUUGCUGGAGUCCGAUCCAUCUGCUGAGAGGUUCUUCUAAGAUCAGCUGCCAGCUAUGAGCUCAGUUGCACCCAACUGUCUAGUGCAGCGUGAAACUAAGAUUCAAAGAGUUCUGCAUCAUGUAGACGAGUGUUUGACACUGUUGUUCAGCUUUCACCAUCAAACCCAUGCAAGCAUCGGGGAUCCCCAUGAUGCAAACCAUGAGCUAUAUGCCAUACCCAAUUCAAUGGCAUUUGAUUUAGUCUGUAGAAAAUUGUUCCAGUGCCCAUGAAAUAAGUUGUCCGAACAACGAAUGUUUAUGCAUUAUGUAUUGUGCGUUGUGCCAAUCUAGCGGAAUGUAUUCAAAUUCAACAUGUACAUUUUAUAAUGCCUGCGGUAAAUGUAUUGUAGUUCAUUA